CUCCGUCUCCGUCUCCGUCGCAUGCAAGAGUCGGCGACUACUGCCGCCGCCGCCGCAUUGCGGUACUGCGACGGGGCGCUCCACCGCGAGCUCUGCGUGGCCGCGGUGGCCGCCGUCCCCGACGCCGGCAACAAGACGCUGCCGGAGGUCAUCUCCGCCGUGCUCGGCCGCGCCGCCGCCGCCGUGCGCGCCGCAGCCGCCAACUGCUCCGCCUACCUCCGCUCCGACGCCCGCCGCGGCGGCGGCGGCCUCCUCCUCUCCGGCGCGCUCACCAACCAGUACACCUGCCUCGACGGCUUCGCCUACGGCGGCGGCGACUCGGGAGUGAGGGUGCGGCCGUAUAUACAGGGGAGACUCUAUCACGUGGCCCACCUUCUGAGCAAUUCCCUCGCCAUGGUCACGAAGCUCCCCCGGCGGCGGCAGCGCCGCCACCGGAGGCCGGCGAGGGAGGCGUUCGAGGGCUACGGAACCUUUUCUGGUAAAUUUCCCAAAUGGGUAUCGGCCGGCGAUCGGAGGUGGCUACAGACGGCGUUGGCACCGGCACCGGCACCGGCGGCGACGCCGGCACCGGCGCCGGGGGCGAACUCGACAAUGCAGGCUGACUUGGUGGUAGCGAAGGACGGGAGCGGGAACUUCACGACGGUGGGGGACGCGGUGGCGGCGGCACCAAACAACAGCGCCGCGCGGUUCGUGAUCUACAUAAAGGCCGGCGGGUACUUCGAGAACGUCGAGGUCGGGAAGAGCAAGACCAACAUCAUGUUCGUCGGCGACGGCAUCGGCAAGACGGUCAUCAAGGCCGGCCGGAACGUCGUCGACGGCUCGACCACUUUCCGGUCAGCCACCGUCGCUGUUGUCGGUAACGGUUUCAUAGCCCGGGACUUGACGAUCGAGAACUCAGCCGGCCCAAGCAAGCACCAAGCGGUAGCCCUGAGGACCGGAGCGGACCUCUCGGUCUUCUACCGGUGCAGUUUCGUGGGCUACCAGGACACUCUCUAUGUCCACUCCCUCCGCCAGUUCUACCGCGAAUGCGACAUCUACGGGACGGUGGAUUUCAUAUUCGGGGACGGGGCGGUCGUGCUCCAGAGCUGCAACUUGUACGCCCGAAAGCCCGACCCGAACCAGAACAACGUGUUCACAGCCCAAGGGAGAGAGGACCCGAAUCAGAACACCGGGAUUUCGAUCCACAAAUGUAAAGUUGCCGCAGCCGCCGAUCUCAUCCCGGUGCAGUCGAAUUUCUCAACCUACCUCGGUAGGCCGUGGAAGCAGUAUUCGAGGACGGUGUACAUGCAGUCGUUCCUCGAUAGCUUGAUUGAUCCAGCCGGUUGGUUGCCGUGGAACGGUACGUUCGCGUUGGAUACGCUAUACUACGGCGAGUACAUGAACAGAGGGCCGGGUUCGAACACGACGGGGCGGGUGCAGUGGCCCGGGCACCGUGUCAUCAAUAGCUCCGACGAGGCAACCAACUUCACGGUGGCAUCGUUCAUUCAGGGUGAUCAGUGGUUGGGAUCGGUUUCGAUCCCUUUUAUCUUAGGUUUGAAUUAGUAGGGAAUCAAUACAGUUUCCAAUUUCUUUUGAUCUUUGGAAUAAAGAGUGUUAGAUCAAAGGCGAAAAUUGAUGUAAUGGAAAGCCACAUGAAUUGAGGAAUCAAUAAUUGCUCGAUCAAUUAAGAUUGACAUAGGAUACAAAUCCUCGUCCUACAA